AUGGUAGCUCUGAAAAUGAGUAUGACUGGAUAUACACAUGCCAAGAUACUCAGAGUGUACGAGUUGGUUAAUAUACAGUUCUUUAUGACUCUGGCCAGCUACCUUUUCUACUUCUACAGAUAUAAACUGUAGGUUUACAUUGAUAUAUUAGCGUUGUUUAUAGGUUCUUGCACAAAUGUUGUCAAGGCAGUAAUGCUUUGUUGAAUGUGGCAUACUUCACUGUUAUUGGAUGUGCUCAGAUAGCAUACUUGGGACAUUACAUUAGGACAGAAAACCUACAGAUAAUUACUCUAAUAUGGUACGUUUACUCUGUUAUCGGAGUAUGAUUACAUAUACAAGUUAUACAAUUUUGGCAAAAAAACUAGGUUAAUGUUUUAGUUUUUUGUCAGUCGCUAUCUUUAUCCAUGUUAUGUUGAUUACGGUGGGAUUUGUCAUAGAAGAACACUUGGCCUAUUGGAUUCUGCCUCAGAAGCUACAACAUCAUAUUCUCAUGUCCAAAAGCCUCCACACAGCUAUUGCCAUUGCUCUUGCCUUCAUGUUCACGACCUAUGGAGUAAUCUCAACUAGUAGUGAUAUAAAUGUAAGUCAGCAUGAGUACGGUAACAUGCUGUUUAGGUUUAUACAAUAGAUGUUCAACUGAAAAGACUGCCACAGGAAUUGGACAAAUUUACGAUUGCUUUAAUCACGGACGUUCACAUUGGGCCAACAGUACACAAACAGAGAGUCAAAGAGAUUGUGGAUGUUGUGAACAAACUCAGCGUGGACGCUGUCGCCAUAUCAGGAGAUCUUGUCGAUGGUUUCGUCUACAACUUAGACGAUGUUGCUUUAGAGUUGGUGGCUUUGAAAAGCAAACACGGAGUGUUUUACGUCACCGGAAAUCAUGAGUACUAUCAUGAUGACAUUGAGAACUGGCUCGAAUUCAUCAAAAACAAACUUAAGUUCAAUGUUCUGCACAACUCGAACAAGAUCGUGAGAGAUGGGUUGUGUAUCGCUGGGGUCGACGAUUACCACACUAGGCGGAUCUACUUGGAAGGUAUGAGUUUGCCUUAUUCUUGGUGGAAUGUUAACAUAGCUAGCAGAAGCUAAAUUGAUAUACAGGGUGUUCCAAGAAAAAUGUUAAAGACUAACGAGCUAUAAUUUUCUUCCUAAUAAAGCUACAGAUGCCAAAUUUAGUAUGAUGAAAGCUUGGAACCACAAGUUUUUUGCCACAAAAUUUUGGAUUUUUUUAAGUACAUUUUAAGGGCGUUAUGAUUUUUUUAAAAAUCUCCAUUUUCCCUGGAAUUACACAUAUUUUCAUUUCGAAAUGUUUUUUUUGGUGAAAUUUUCUGUUUUUGACACUUUUUUGGUUGAAAAUGACAUUUUUAGCCAAGUUUUUGAUUUUCAAACGUCGGCGGAGACUCGGCGGACGCCGAAAUUUAUCGGCGGAGGCUAUAACUCGCUUCAAACAUAACGUAGCGACGUGAAACAAAAAGUAUUAGUUUUAAAAUUGUCAAAGCAACCUUCACUGACGCUAAGUUUGUCUGAAAAUAACUCUACCAAAAAAAUUACAAAAAACGUUGAGAAAUAGACGCAAUGUUUCAAAAAAUUUUACUUACGUUCAAAAGUUAUAAUAAACUCAUUUUCUUCAAAGGUUAAACCGCAAAUAUAUCAAAUGUUGUUAGUUUUUUUGAAGUAAAAGAUAAAAUACGUUAAAGUUUUAAAAGUUAUUAGUGCAAUUUACAAAAUAAAUUUAAAAACAUGUUUCCUUUAUUCAUUUUCUUAGGUUUUUAUAAUUUUUUGUGUUUUAAAAACUUUGAAGCCAAGCUCAGUAUCAGUGAAGAUUGCCUUGAUAAUUUUAAAAUUAAUGUUUUUUGUUUCACGUCGCUCCAUUAUGUUUGAAGUGAGUUAUAGCCUCCGCCGAUAAACUUCGGCGUCCGCCGAGUCUCCGCCGACGUUCGAAAAUCAAAAAAUUUGCUAAAAAUGUCAUUUUCAACCAAAAAAGUGUCAAAAACUUUUUUCGAACUGAAAAUAUGUGUAAUUAUUUCGAACUGAAAAUAUGUGUAAUUCCGGGGAAAAUUGAGAUUUUUUAAAAAAUCAUAACGCCCUUAAUAUGUACCCAAAAAAUCCAAAAUUUUGUGGCAAAAAAACUUGUGGAUCCGAACUUUCAUCAUGCCAAAUUUGGCAUUUGUAGCUUUGUUGGGAAGAAAAUUAUAGCUCGUUCGUUUUUAACAUUUUUCUUGGAACACCCUGUACAGUGGACCUCUGUAUGCGAAUCGCAAGGGAUGAGAAGGUUCUGUAUGUGUAUUAUUGUUUAACCGUUAAUAUUUAUUAAGGACACAAAAUGGAUCCAGAGAAGGCUUUCAAAGGAUGUCCGGAGAACAACACCUUGAUCACUCUUGCUCAUCAGCCGAACGCUGCUAUUCAGAUCAUGAAGUUGCUUCCCGACAAGACUGACCUGAUCUUGUCAGGUAUGUGUGACAUUUUUGGGUGAUAAUUAUUGUAAACAUCUUUCAAAAUUGUUUUUAAUACAUAACAACAACAUAACUUUAUCAGGUCACACUCACAACGGCCAGAUGUACGUGACCUGGCCGCUGGCCUACCUCGGCAACAGCUUCCUCCACGGUCUGUACAAGGACUCUCUGACAGAGACUCAAGUGUUUGUGUCAGCCGGAGUCAACUACUGGGGUCCUCCGGUCAAAAUGCGGCGGUUGUGUGAGAUUCCGCUGAUCAGAUUACGAGCGGUUUGAAUUGCGUGUAAGUAUUCUACUGACAUUAACAUCAACCUCCAACCUCGGUGAUUCAGUGUAACAUAAACUCUUUGAUAGUGUGACGGCAUUUGAUUACCGCGUCUUUUCGCUGCAUACAUAUUGUACAUGUUGUGGUAAUAUAAGAUUGAGCUUGUUUAGGACAUGGGCAAUGGCCAUGAGAUUUAUCUUACUGUAUGGGUUACUGUGACUAUUGUCGCUUUAGUUACUGUCUCCAACUUUCUGUUCAGCAAGAUUAGGCAACAAUAUGUAAGGUUUUGAGUUUAUGUUACAUAUAAGUUUUAUCAAUAAGUUAUUGUCAAUCUGCAAAGGUAUUUAAAGUUUUGGUAUUCAAGUAGUUUGUUUUGUUUCAUGGCUUGAUAGUUAUGUUUUAGGUAUCAGUUGAAGGGUAUGAACGUGGCAAUUCUCUUCGUGUUGUAGCCAUCUUCCAGCUGAUUAGUAUGAUGGCAGCUUUGAGUUUAAUUAUCUACUAUCACUUGUUUUCUUUCUUCCAAUACCCGGGUACUGUAAUAUCAUUCUCCUCCAAAGCUGUAAGUUCUCAUGUUAUGUUUGGUUGACGUUGCAGGAGUUGAGGAAAUGUAAUCGACGAUGUUUCUACGUGUUCUUGUUUGUAAUGUUCGGAGGACACUUUGCUUAUGUGUUAUAUCUUUUUGACUAUGUGCCAUGGGUGAUAUUCGAGCUGUUCAAUAUCUUCUGUGGCUUCUGGAUGCAUCUCUUCUUCUUUUCUUUUUUGUUUUUCUACGGAAACUUUGUAACCAGCCUUCUGGAGGUAUGUUUUGGAUUUAAACUUACUUCAUAUUCACAUUAUAUUAUGUUAACGUCAAUAUUUGCAGAAUUUUCCGCUUGGCCAACGUUUCUUGAGUUUCCUAACAAGGCCCAGCUUCAUGAAAUCCAUUGUCUAUGACAGCCAAGUACAAGUAGCCACCACCGUCUUCCUGACGUUGGCUAUGUCAUACAUCCAAUGGUUUGCCAGUGACAAACUCUCUGUUCACUCAGCCUCAUUCAACCUAACUCACCCUUUACCAUCUCCUCUUCAAGUAGUAGUGUUAACCGACAUUCACUCAGGAGCUUCCGUCUACGAGUCACAAGUGGCUGAUGUUGUGGAUAAGGUGAACGAAAUGAAUGCUGAUGUGGUCUUCUUGAAUGGUGACACCAUAGAUGCUCCUGUAGACAGGAUAUACGAUCGGGUAGAGCCAUUAAGACAUUUAAAAUCAAAGUACGGAGUGUUUAUGGUCAGUGGGAACCAUGAGUAUUACUAUGGCAAUUGGAACGAUUGGGUAUCUCACUUCGAAGGAAUGGGGAUAACUGUACUUCAGAACAAGUAAGUUUCUCAGAAUUAUACACCUUAUUAGUAAAAUUUACAUUUUCGUCUGUUUCACUUAUUACAAAUUGGUGUUAUAGUGUGUCAACAGUUAGUUCCGUUUGCUUCGUUGGGCUAAAUGACAUUUCCAGUUACAAGAGCGGGUAA